GUGCGAACGCUUUGGAAAUGCGGAACAGCCUAGAGUGACUCUCCUCCAGGACUGGUACACCCCGCGGGAGCAGCCAGCCGAUUAGGCACGAUCGCGUAAAAGAGUGUUCUCCAGUCCCCGUCCAUUGCUAGCAAAGCAGUCACUCACCGCGCUAGUGCAACCAUCGAGUAGAAGGGCGAGCAGUUGGUCGUCUUAACCUCUCCCCUUUCCCAUAAUACACACAAAACACCAGUUGAGCGAAAAUGCAUUUGGUUAAGGCAGCCAGGGUGCUCGUAAGGAGAGACGAUGUGGGCCAUUUCCAGAGGAAGUUUCUCUUUAACGCGAGCAGCAUGUCUAAGUGUAGGCAAAUCGAGAAGAACCCAUUUUCAUGUUUUACCAAUAAAGUCCAGAGGAGAAAGUACCUCCAUUUUGCCCGUACCUUACCGGAAGAUUACGAGCUACCGUUAGAUACCUUCCCAGAAAAUAUCAACGAGGUGUUAACGAAGGAUAAAAAGACGCUUGAUUUCAUUCAGAGCUACUGGUACUGGAAGAUUCGGAGUGAGAGCAAUUUGCUAAACUACGAGAAGUUGGUGAAGAAGUCGUAUAAGCAGCUGGCCGUGGACAUGGGCAUGCAGAUUGCCAACCCCGAUAACGAGCACAUGCUGGCCCUCCUGGAAUUUUACGAAUACCUCAAGUCGUCGCCAUUCGUGGGGCCCUUCGGCACCAUUGAAAACCCCGUCAUUGUGCCCAGCGUGCACACAGAGCGAGUCGUUUGCUGCACAGGGGGGACGGGGGAAAACGAACAUGUCCCCCUUUUCUUUCGAUGCAGGGAAGGAUUCUUAUAUCGCUGCGGAGAGUGUGACCAAAUGUUUAUGCACGUUCGUGUGCUGUACUCACUGGAGGAUGGGAACGACCCCUUUCCCAAUGACCCCGAUGUGGAUGACGUAUUUGAUUUAAACUUAAUUGAAGAGAACAUGAGUCUGUACAACGACGACCAGUACGUCCGGUGGCCCACGGGGAAUGUGACCUACCGGCAGAUGUUUCUCCAGGGCAAGUGGGGAAACGAGAAACCGAACAGUGCUUCGUACGUAGCUUCUGAGAAGUGAGGCGCGGAGCUCGCCGGUCAUUCAUGGGCACCGAUGGUUACGCGCAUGGUGAGCUUAGGUGGGGGUGACCAUCCGUUUAUGUGGCCAUCCGUUUAUGUGCCCAUGUGUGUGCGCUUCUUUUUUUUUUUUUUCCCAUUUUUUGUUCCAUUUCGCCUGAACGGGCAAUACAUUAUGAGCGACUUUUUGGUGC